AUGCCGUCCACGACGCUAUCGUCUCAGUUCCGCAAGGUGCAGAGCUUCAAGAUAGACUAUGCACCUUGCACCAUUACUCAUUAUGUGUCGGAGCGAAGUGGCAUGCAUGUUGUCGUAGCUGAUCGGCAAGGGCCCAAGAUAAACGGAUACUUUACUCUGGCGACGGAAAUCUUGGACGACUCGGGCGCACCACAUACGCUGGAGCACCUCGUCUUCAUGGGAUCCAAGAGCUACCAGUUCAAAGGCCUUCUAGAUAAGCUCUCUUCCCGAGCAUACUCUGGCACCAACGCUUGGACCGCGACGGAUCACACGGCUUACACACUAGAAACCGCGGGUUGGGAAGGUUUUGCCCAAGUUCUCCCCGUCUACCUAGAACACAUCAUCCUCCCCACGAUUACUGAUGAGGCAAUCACCACUGAGGUUUGGCAUAUAGACGGCGGGGGAAAUGACGCUGGCGUCGUGUAUUCCGAGAUGCAAGCAGUGCAGUUCCGAAGCGCCGAGAUCAUGGAUCUUAAAGCUCGCCGCCUCUUGUACCCAAAAGACGUAGGCUUUCGCUAUGAGACCGGUGGAAUGACUGAUGCCCUGCGUGUCCUCACACCUGAGCGGAUUCGCCAGUUUCACCGGGACAUGUACCAGCCGCGAAACCUCUGCCUGGUAAUUGUUGGCGAAACCGACCAUGGAAAUCUAUUGCAAAUCUUGGAUGAUUUCGAAGAAAGCAUAAAAGAUGACAUCCCUCCGCCGGAUUCCCCUUUCAACCGACCUUGGCUGGACUCUGCUCAGCCUCCUGCCCUUGGAGAAACCAUUGUGACCACGGCUGAGUUUCCCGAGGAAGACGAAUCAGUUGGUGAGAUCCUCAUUGGUUUUUUUGGCCCCAACUGUGUCGACCUAAUUGAAACAUCUGCUCUCAACGUUUUGCUCACUUACUUGUGCGGCUCAUCUGUUUCUGUCCUCGAGAAUAUCCUUGUCGAAAAGGAGGAGCUCGCCAGCUCGAUAACGAACUGGUGGGAGGCCCGACCAAAUUCCGUCAUUUGGCUUCAACCGACAGGUGUUGCGACGGAUAAACUAGAGCAGGUUGAGAAGCGACUGUUUGAGGUUUUGAGAGACGUGGCCUCGAAGCCGCUCGAUAUGGACUAUAUGCUCGAAUGCAUCCGACGAGAGAAGCGCCAGGUCAAGUUUCAGGCCGAAACUUCAGAGUCAUUCUAUUCCACAAACAUCAUCACGGACUACUUGUUUGGCAAGCGAGAUGGCUCAACUCUCCGAGAACUCGCCUCUCUGCGCGAAUACGACGUUUUGGAGAAGUGGACGGAUGAGGAAUGGCGAGCUUUUCUCAAAAAGUGGAUGGCGGAUGCCCAUCACAUAUCCGUGCUCGGCAAGCCUUCGCAUGAGCUGGCUAAAAAGAUGAAGAGCGACGAAGAAGCCUUCAUUGCGAAGAGAAAACAGGAGCUAGGCACAGCUGGGCUGGAGAAGCUGGCAGCUCGUCUCGAGCAAGCCAAGAAAAAAAACGACCAGCCCAUUCCAGCCGAGAUAAUUGAUCGAUGGAGUGUUCCCGGCACAGAGUCGAUUCAUUUCAUCGAAUCCGACACUGCGCGAUCGGGCUACGCGCGAUCCAUCGGCUUGGGGACCGGCCCGGCACAGACAAUGAUUGAUUCUGCCCGUGAUGGCAAGUUGCCCCUUUUUAUCCAGUUUGAGGACGUGCCGACGAGCUUUGUGCAUAUAAACAUCCACCUCGGCACCUCGGAGGUGCCAGUGGAACUGAAACCCCUCAUGUCCAUUUUCAGCGACAACUUCUUCAACACUCACAUCAUGCGUGAUGGCAACCGAGUCGAUUUUGAACAGGUUGUCAUGGAGCUUGAACGAGACAGUAUUGGCUACGGCAUUGGAUCUUCCCGGUCUUUCGGAGACGCUGAUGGGUUCCUUGUUCAGUUUCAAGUUGAACCCGACAAGUACGCUGCCGCAGUCAAGUGGUUGCGAACCAUGAUGUUUGACUCUGUCUUUGACCCCCAACGCCUCCAAGCAGCGGUCAACAAGGCGCUGGCCGACAUUCCCGAGGAGAAGCGCGAUGGACGUGGAAUGGCUGCAGAGAUCGACGCCGCCAUUCACAUGAACAAGUCGUCCUUGACCGUGGCCAAACGCACCCUGGUCAAGGCUGUGUAUCUGAAGCGCCUCAAAAAGCUCCUGAAAACCGAACCACGGAAAGUAGUGGAUUGGUUCAACACGAUACGAAAGUCCCUCUUCACCUUUCAGAACAUGCGGUUUCUGGUCACUGCCGACGUGGCGAAGCUCCAGGAUCCAAUCGUAACUUGGAAUGCCCUCGCCGAGGUACUGCAUGAGCAGGAGGACAUGGUCCCUAUCCCCAAGUUCGUGGAUCUGCUCAACGAUGAAGGGCGGAGGCCCGGCUCCGUUGGGGCCACCGUCGUGCCGAUGACCACGCUCGACAGCUCGUACUCUGUCAGCACUGCAUCCAGCAUCACGUCCCUCUCCGACCCCAAAUUUGCCGCCAUCAUGGUGGCCAUUGGCUAUCUCGAGACGGUAGAAGGCCCGCUGUGGAAUGCAGUCCGAGGCGCUGGUUACGCCUACGGCUCCUACUUCUCGCGCAACAUCGACUCGGGUAUCCUGUCCUACCGAGUCUACCGAUCUCCGGAUGCAUACAAAGCCAUUUCCGCGUCCCGCGACGCCAUCCAAAAGAUUGCAACAGGGGAAGUAGCCAUUGAUAAACAUCUCCUCGAAGGUACGGUCAGCCAAGUUGUCGUCAUGUUUGCCGAUGAGCAGGCUACCAUGUCGAGUGCGGCGCAGCGAAACUUUAUCCAGAAUGUCGUGCGUGGCCUGUCCAAGGAUUGGAGCAAGGAGGUGCUCAAGAAGGUCCGGGACGUGACGGCGGACGAGAUCCGAAGCGUAUUGAGAGAGUACAUAUUGCCUUGUUUCGAGCCUGGUAAAAGCAACGUGGUUAUUACCUGCGCCAAGCUGAUGAGCGAGAACAUGGAGACGGCUUUCAAGGGGAUGGGAUACAAAGUGCAGACGCACGAAUUGAGCCAUUUCCACGACGACUACGGCCUAACGGCUGGACAGGAAGAUGGUGAUGAUGAUGAUGAUGAUGAUGAUGAUGACGAGGAUGAUGAUGAUGAUGAUGAAGAUGGAUCGGAAGGUUCUCGUGAUUCAGAUGGUUCAGACGAGGACUAA